AUGCUUACCAUAUUGUUCAUUAUCUGUGGCUUGCGUUUUUGGGUAAUAGCAUCCAAUAACAGCACCAGUUUGGAAAAUGUUUUCGUUCCGAAGUGCUAUCCACUAAUCCAGUGCGAUGAUUAUUUCUCAGUGGCUGGAUUUGUCGAGGUAAACUGGCUCGAAGCUAACUAUAUAUGCAACAGAGUUGGCUCCGUUUUAGCAACUGUUAGAAAUGAAGAACAUCAUCAGUUAAUGAUUGACUACUUGAUUAAGAACGAAAAGAUCUUUGGAAGGAAGACCUUCUGGCUGGGCGCUACAAAUCAGGUUAAGCGAACGUAUUUCUGGACCUGGCUGAGCACUGGCAUUCCCGUGACUUACGGCCAGUGGGCCUCAAAGGAGCCCAAGUCGGAUCGAACUGGGCAGGAUGCCUGCAUGGUCCUAGGAACUGACAAUCUCUGGCACAGUGAUUCCUGUAAUGAGAAACACUAUUUCAUCUGCGAAAAUAUUUGCCAGCUGAAUUAUACAUCAUUAGACAAAAGAGUAUAUAUCUAACACUUUCUCUUCUUAGACAAAUAUGGACAUUUUUAUUUAAAAUCGCCUAACGAAAAAUCUAAAGGAAAUAAAGAGCAAUUAGAAAUAACCAAGAAAA